AUGAAGUCGUUCACUCUCCUUGCCUCGGCGGCCCUCACCGCCUUGGCGUCGCUACCAUUGGCCACAGGCGCCAGCAUCCCUUCAUACCUUGAGAUGCACCACACGUCCCGGCGCGAGCUCUCGCACGCCCAGGUCCAGGCGGAGCUGGGCCCGCUGCUCUCCCGCAACGCGACCAUCAUCGGGCCGGGCGGGCCAGGCACCAUCGUGAAGCUCGCCAACGCGCUCGGGAUCCCCUUCAUGGUUAAGAGCCGCGGUCACGCCCCGACGGACACGGUGGGGCGCUUCCGGGGCAUCCAGAUCGACAUGUCCAAGCUCCAGCGCAUCACGAUCCAGCCCGGCGGCGGCAGCAACACGACGGAGACGGCCUGGUUCCAGGGCGGCACGUACGACAACGACAACCUCGUGAACCUCAACGUGGUUCUGGCCAACGGCUCGGCCACUAGGGUCAACGCAACUAGCCAUCCCGACCUGUGGUGGGGCAUGCAAGGUGCCGGCCACAACUUUGGCAUCGUGACCAGCUUCCAGUCCAAAAUUUACCCAAAGAAGGUCGAUACUUGGCACUACCAUUCAUACAUCUUUACCCAGGACAAGCUCGAGAGCCUUUUCGAGGCCCUCAACGUGCUCCAUGGCCACGGAGACGGUUCCACUCCAGCUUUGAUGACCGCGAACUUUGGCAUGUUCCAAACGGUUCCGUCCAUCAGCCAGGCCGAGCCCGCCAUCACCUGGGUCUUUGGCUACGCCGGGCCCGCCGCCGAGGCCGAGGCGCUGCUGGAGCCCUACAACCGCCUCGGCCCGGCGGCGCAGGAGAGCGGCGACAUGCCGUACCCGCAGGUGGCCCCGGCCAUGGGCUCGGGCAUGGACCAGCCCAUCUGCGAGCCCGGCCACGCGCACGUGCAGUCGACGCCCCCGUUCGACGCCUACAACGUCACGGCCGAGCGCGAGCUCUACGGCCUGCUGGCCCGCACCUUUGCGCGGCACCCGCAGCUGGCCGCCGGCGCCUUUGCCCCUGCACGAGGGGUACUCGACCGCGGCCGUGGACGGGGUGGACCCGGACGCCUGCUCAUGCUCUUCGAGACGCGCCUGCCGCUGUCCGACGCCACGCCCGAGAACCUGCGGCUGGCGAGGGAGCUCGUGAGGGAGGCGCGUGAGGUCUGGAACGCGGGCGCGCCGGGGCUGAAGCCGGCCAGCUACGUCAACUACGCCAACGGCGACGAGCCACUAGAGCCCAUGUACGGCUACGAGCCCUGGCGGCUCCAGCGCCUGCGUGCGCUCAAGCGCCAGUACGAUCCGCAUGGCCGGUUUAGCUACUACAACCCUAUUCCUUCCCAGUGA